GCUACUAUCACAUUUAGUGUUCAUGGUCAAGAGAAAGUUGGUAACCAAUCAAGAUGUUAUUACACAAUGUUUUUAUGAUUAUAAAAUGUUAAUAUGGGCUCCAUAUACCUGUUACCUACCAUGGAAUGAAACUAGUCAAACUUAAUCAGUUGACUUUGUUUAUUUAUAUUUAUUGUAUAGACUUUUUAAUUAACCACAAAUAUGAAGAUUCUUUUAUAUCUAGCUUUAUGGGGCAUAGUAUCUGUAUUUGGUGCAAAAUUUGAAGCUUUUUAUCCAAGAGAAGCCUAUGGUGUGAGCAAUGGAGCAUCCAGAUCACCUCACGGUCACGGAUCAUUCUACAAGUACCGAAACCCAGCUCUUGUAGAUGCUAAAAAUUCUCCCGCCUAUGGAUACAGAUUUGACGGGAAAAGGCGUUUCAAUUUUGAUAAAUAAUUUGUGUACAUAAUAUGUAUUUAAAACUAGUAUUAAUGUAUUGUUCGUCAAUAUUAAUAAUGGUAAACAAAUAGUAAGAAAAAGCAGCAAAAUAUAGUAAUUCAAAUAAAAGUACAUAAACUAUAAAGUAACAAAUUAACCAAUUACUGACUGUAUUAUAGCAAGGAUUUAACAAUAAUAAAAUAGCAAUUUAAGUUCAUAAAAAAAUUAAAAUUAUUAAUUAGAUCCUCUCUUAAUAAAAGAAUCAUUGUCUUAUAUUUGAUACAGUCAUCAUUUUUAAAUUUAAAGUAUUAUAAAUUUAUUUUAAAAUAACAAGAUUAUUUUAGUGUAGAAUUAUUAUUAUUAGGUACGAGUGGUUUACUUUAAAAAUAUGUAAAUACUGUUCAUAUCACUAGACCUGUAGAUAAUUAUCUACUUUGAUCUUAGGAGCUGGCCGUGAAAAAGGUGACAGCCAAGUUAUAGAAACCCUGCCAAAUACAGCUUGUAAACUCUUCCAUUUAGAUUUUUUCAUCCACCGAGCUUCUUCUUUUUUUAAUUGUUCAAUACCCUGGAAUAAUUAUAAGACAUUAAUAUUAUUAUUAGUUUUUUUAUGUUAAUUUAAUAACCCAACUUUCACACGGAUAAAUUACGUGAACAAGUGGACUUAACUGUAGAUUAAAUAUCUUAAAAUUAAUAAUAUAAAAUAAAUUUUGCAACACAUAAACAUUAAACAUCAUGUUAAUUUACGAGUUAUAUAUUUUUAUAUAUUUUUUUGUAAAGAUAUUGUUAUACACUCAUUAAAAUUAUAUCUACAACUAGUUACUUGUUAGUUAUAAGUAUAGAUAUUAUUAAUUAUUGUCUUAUUGCAAAAAGAAAUUCUUCACGUCCAAACUUAAAUAGUUAAAUGAAAACAAUAAUCCAUUGAAAGAUUAUCGAAAUACUUAAGGAAAAAAUUGAUGGGUUUAGUGUAUAGUAAAAAUAAACUGUUUAUUUAUUAUUAAUGAUUAAAACAAAAUGUUAACUCAUCGAACACAAUUUUUGUAGAUAGUAAACUAGUAAAUGACAUAAUUACCGUUUCAUCGGAGCAUAUAGCUUGUAGCUGAGUGGCAAACAUUACCAUGGUGAAUAUUGCAAAAAGCAAUGCUUCAAAACCUAAAAAUAU